AGACUAAUCUUGUCCUCUUUCUCGAAUCUGAAUUUCUCGGCGUCGAUGGCGGUGAAGGAGAUCGUUCACAUUCCUUGCAACUGUAGAUCGUGUUAGCCAUUUCUCUAAUGCUGAUUUCUCCUCCUCUCUAGCGUUUUGUUUUUUCUUCUCUGUACAGAAUUUUUCUCAAGAGACGCGUUUCUUCGGUCAGCGCCGUCGGAACUGACUCGGAUCUCUGCCGGUGUCAAAUUGGGCUCAAGGGGCUAAUAGAUUAUGUGCUUAAUGUCAUUUAAAUGUCUGGGCCUUUCAUAAUUUUGUUUUUGGACUAUGUUAUUAUGAUGACUAGGGAUCUUCAACUUUUGCUUUUUGUUUCGAUUUGGUUAGUCAGCAUUAUCCAUCUCCUUUUUUAAAUCGAUUUUUAUCAUUUAUUUAUAAAAAUUAGUCUAUCAAACAUGUUGGUUUUGCGUAAAACGAAAGUGAUAUAACGAAAGACCCCAAGCUCGAAGACGCAUUCAUCUGCCUUGACUAUUGGUUUUGCAUAUAACAAAGUGAACGUGUGAAUGGUAAAAUUUGACAGUCUCUUCGUGUCACCGCACCACCUAUUUAAAUUCUAUGUUCAUGCAUUUCUUGAUUCUCUGAGAGGUUUGGGAUGAAGCGUCUUCAUAGUGAAAAGAAAUUUGGUAUCUUCUUCUGAAGGUUCCAUUUCCAACGCUCUCCCACUUUUUAAACAUUUCUCUAUUGUGAUCAUUGAUGGUGUUUGAGUGUUUUGUUCACCAUUUUCAUUCUUCUUCUAAGUUUUAUACUCCUUUUGCUCUAUUUUCUCUGCAUGACUUAAUACAUCCGCUAAAUAUUGAAAUAAAAAUAUUUCAAACAUUUGUUUAUACGAAAAAUAAAAUAAAAUAUUUUUCAUUUAAAAUUUUGCUUCCGUUGUUCUGAAUUUUAGUACAUAAUCGCUAGGAUGCUGAAGUAAGGGAAUGAAUGCUGAAGUAAGGGAAUGACAACGUCAUAGGCAAGACCAUAGACUGAAUCUUUUGCCAGCUUACAAUCAUGCACAAUAAGUGAAUUUUAGAAAACAUGUUACCUGCCGGGACAGAAUAGCCUAGUGGUAAAACACUAGAGUGAACUGGAUCCCAAGGCACACGGGUUCGACUCCUCCGAGAUUCCAGAGAGCGCCCAGUGAAAAAAAAAAAAAAAAAAAAGAAAACAUGUUACCUACUAUCAAUAAGAAAGUUGACAAUUAGUACAUGCUGUAAAUAUCACCGCGAAAUCCGAAUCUAUAUUAUAAAAUGAGACUUUCGUUGACCCAUGAAAGGAAAGAGCUAUGCUACGCCUCCAACAACAGUUGUUCCACCCGUUUCAGCUACUCUGCCACCAGCAUCUCUGACUACACCUCCACCAGCAGUUACACCAACCGUCUCACCACCACCAGCUCCAAAGGUUGCACCAGUUAUCAGCCCAAUAGCUCCGCCUCCACAACGACCACAAAGCCCGCGUGUGCCAGAUCCAACCGUCUCACCACCGCUUGCACCAGCCUCUCCCCAACCGGCAUCAUCACCACCAGCAACUUCUCCACCACCAGCUUCACCGCCUCUAGCGCUUACACCAAUAACUCUACCACCAGCACCAGCUCCUGCCAAGCACAAGAAAAAGCACAAACACAAGAGGCAUCACCAUGCCCCAGCUCCAGCACCAACUCCUCCAAGCCCUCCAUCUCCUCCAGUUCUAACAGAUUCCCAGGACAUGUCUCCAGCACCAUCACCAUUUCAGAACGCGAACGGAGGAAAUGCCUUGAACCAGCUAGAAGGAAGAGUAGCAAUGUGGCUCAGCACCGUACUGGGAACUCUCCUCCUGACGGCUAUCACAGCCUAAAGUCUCUAGCUUUCUUCUCACUAUAUCACCUAUGUAUCAAUUCCAAAAGCUACAUUUUUCCCCAUUGUAUACCAAACACAUUUGAUUAAAAAAUAAUACAUUUUUUCUUCUCUAUUCUUUGCAGAAAAUAAAAUCAUAUCAAAUUUGAUCAGUACUUGAAUCCUUGGAGGUUUCUUUGCGGAAUUCAUACUCAACAAUGACCAAGAUUUUCAACCAGCUUAUGAUGCUUAAGACAUCCACCACACUGCCAAAACAAAUUAAAAAAAAUUCUUUUAAAGACUAUCAUAUAACAUGUCUCUUCAGGACAAUUAAGCAAACCAAAGACUUGUGUACCUGGACAAAGACAAGGCCACGUUCAUAAGCCAAACGGUUGAUAAGCCGUUUAGUUCUUCUCUCUCCGCAUGAGUUGCAACUGAACUCCACUUGCAAACUUCUUCUUCUUGGUAGUUUAAUACCUGUCCUGCAUGAAAUUAACCAAAAAAAAAUCAUCAGCGAGAGAAAGAGAGAAAGACACAAAACACCAACAUCAAAGAGCAUACUACUCAUUGAGUUAACCUCUGAGGAUUCCUUUGAUUCUUCUUCUUCUGGAUCGGUGAGAGACCCUAAAACAGAAAACAACUGAUUCCUUUGCUCGCAUGGUCCCUCUUCUAUCACAUGAACAGUUCUUGACCUGGAGAAACAGCAAAAGUAUGAGACUUUUGUUGACCCAUGAAAGGAAAGAGCUAAGCUUUGAGACCUGUGUUGAAGAGCCGAUGUAGGAAAGAGCUAAGCUCUGAUUAUCAUCUUCUACGUGAGACAAUAAAAAGAUGAUAAUCAGAAACAAUUAAAUAUAAAAAGAGCCAAAUUAACAGAUUCAAAAAAGAGUCUCUUCUGUUCGAGGAAUGGGAAAUAAAAAGCUUGAGAAAGCCAUGGAGAUGUGGUUUUCUUCCAGCUUGCGACAGCCAUGGAGUUUCAGCAUUAAAAUUUCUCAAAUUUUUUUUUCCUAUACAUGCUUCAUUUUUUCUUUAUUUUCACGACGAGACUUUGACAGUACUCAAAACAGAGUCACAUAUCUUGUAAAUCAGGUUUCAUCUUGAAUUAAUUUAACAUUUAUUCAAAAAGAUAAAAGAGAUAGCCAAAUAAUUGUUUAGAUAAUCGCUUAAGUAUUUACCAUGGAAGAUUUAAGGAGAUGAUUUAGCCAGUGAAGGAUCUUAAUCUGAAAAGGGAGAUGAAGAAUUAACCAAACUUCUCAACAUCAAAGACAUUUCAAAAAAAUCAAACAAUAGUGAAAAUCAACUCAGUCUUUUGAUUAACAAACAUCAUUCAGAAAAAUAAAUCCCAAUUGACAAAUCUAGAGUGAAUCCGUCAAAAUCCAGAGAUCAAGUAACUAAAUUCAAGCACUCAUGUGUAUAUCAGCACGUAACAGAAGCAUGAACUCAUUAAAUCGACAAAGAGGAAACAUAUCUCAUGAUUACCUCUGGAAGAACCUUGCUCAUCCAUCACUUGUUGACACUACUUUGCAGGGAAGAUACUCGAUCGACUUCUAUUUUUUCGAGACAAUAAAUUAUUGGAGUUCGUAAGAAAACUGAACUCUAGUGGAAGAGGAAGCGCCCUCAAACGAAGGAUCUCGAAGGAGACGGCAACCCUAAUCAGCCAAAGGUGAUGCAUAGGAGGACGGUAGCGGGCCGGAUCAAACGCAUAACGCGACAAUCUGAUAACUUGACAUUUUAAAAAAAUAAUAGAAGUGGGUCCCACAUGCUUGUCUACGUGGAUAGUUUAAGGAGUCUCGAAACGGUAUCAUUAUAAUAUAGAAGAUUAUAGCCAAUAUUUUAAUUUGGGGGUAGUAAUGGUGAGAAACAAAAACUUUGUCAAAAUGAACGAGCAAGAAUUUGGUCACUUGAUUCUUUUUUCCUUCGGAUUAUAAAAUUUUCUUCUUGCUGACUGUCAGGUUUCUGAGAAUGAUAGUCAAGAUCAGAGAUGUCAAACAAGUUUACCCAUCCUGUUACAUCACAUACCGCGGCGGUUUAGUCGUCGAGCGGGUCACAGCGGGCCUGUCCCGCACGGACUGCGAUCUUCAAAAUGUGGACCCAAACCCGUACCGCAGAAUAUAUAGGCUUUCGCAGGCCGUCGCGCGGAACGCCUCUUUAUCAAACCGCCUGCUACAACUUCUUUCAUGAAUGUUCAAGUAGAAGAGUUGUGUAAGAAAGUUGAGGAGAGCUCAUUAAGCUUCAAUAAAUCCUUAUCAAAACCAAUGCCACAAAGCUCCGUUUGUGUUUGCGUUCUUGAGUUAAAAGCCUUCUUUUGUUAUCAGCAUAAGCUUUUGUUAAGUUUGAAUCUGAUUGAGUUGUUGUCUUUGUAAUAAUUUGACUCAAGUAUCAAACCAUCUCUCUUUUUAAUUAUUUGGAUUGCAAAAAAAAUCGUGAAUCAUUUUGCCAAAUUAUACAAGUAACGUGAUAUACAAAUAACUUUUCUCCUAAACAACACUAUUGUAACCAAAUUUAAUUUAAGAAAAACAAAACUUCACUGUACUGAAAACAAAACCAAUCAACUUAAACAAGAAAUAUCACAUUGUAAUAAAGCAAUUCAUAGUUGUGUGUAAUAAAAAGAGAAACCCAAAUCAAAACACCACCAGAGCUCGAAUCGUCAUCGCUGGAGCUGGAGUCAUCAUCGCCGGAGCUCGAAUCAUCAUUGCCGGAACUCCUUAUGUUUUCUCGGGGGGGGGGGG